AUGGAGGCAUAUGCCAGGUAUACUGGGCGCCCUCCAAAGCGUAUGAGAGGGUACGAGAAGGGCAUUGAGGCAGCCGGUCCUGGCCCUCACGCAGUGCGGCACUAUCGCUAUGCUUCCAGCGACGGAGUCGAGUCGAAUUUCCGAGACCUGACUAUUUUCCCUUCCGGUACCGACGCUGCAUACGAGCCUAUUUAA